UCUCCGCCGGAAAGAAAGAAACAAAUUCGCUAGUUUCGCUGCUGCGCUGAAACCUCUACUCCGCAUUACACGUACUUAUCCCGGCGUACUGACUCCACGUGAACAGCUGGUAGAUUACCCUACCUCUUUUCGCAGUAAGAUUCGGCAACGAGGAGGUAUUCUGCAUAUUUCUCAUGUUCCACACAGAACUAUGCAAAUUUUUUGCCUUAUCGAAUCAACAUCAUCAUCUCUAAACGUGUGCUCCGGAGCUCUUCCUGUUUGUUGCAGCUAUAACUAGACGUGUUAUAAGGAACUGUGAUUUCAAGUGUAUUUCAGUCGAUCAAUUUUUAUAGCGGUUCCAUAGCCGCGCUAUUUGGCCAUCGUAUAUAAGUAUCAGUGAUAUUUAUUUUUAAACAAUUGUUAUAUUAUUAUUGUUUCGUGGAAUUUUAUCUAACACAUUGAAAAAAAGUUCCUGUCGGCGUUUUAAGGGCAGCAUGUCUGUUUCAAUGAAUAACAGUCAGUACUUUAACACCUCGGAUCUAGAUGACAGGUAUUUUACCAAAGACUUCUCAAAAAACAGCGAGAUAUUCCAAAAGAUAAAUGCUAUAUUAGAUCAUUCUUUAGAUAUUGGUAGUACCAAUUCUAUGAACAGAAGAACACAACAAGAUACCACAGUGGCUGAUUUGCUUGGUUUAGGAAAUAUGUCAAAUUAUUGUGGUUCCAAUUCUAACUUGUAUGGAUUACCAAAUAUAAAUAUUCCUAAUGGAAAUAUCCCAAACAGUAUGUCUUUCAAUACUGGGUCAAAUAUGACUUUCAGUCAAACACAGAAUAAUCCUCUGAAGACUUUCACCUUAGGAUCAAUUAAGCCUUAUGAUAACCCUCUUAGUAAGCUGUUAUCCCAAAAUUGGUCUAAUACACCAAGUGGUAUGCGAGCUAUUAGAGCUGCAUCUCCACAAGUUUCCUUUACUUCUGACUGUACCUCAACACUUGAACAAGCUCUUCUUAUGGGAUGUGAAGGACUUAGGGAUAACAGAAGUUCGUCGCCUACAGAAUCGGAUACCAGUGGUAUUAGUAGUGUGUCUGAACUUAGCAGUAUUUCAGAUCUGAUGAACAACUUGAAUUUAGGGACCACAGUUGGUACUGGAUCUGGAGUUACAUCUACACCUUCACUGAAUGGCAAUGUCAACUGCCGACCAGAUGAUGCCUCGGUUGUGUCGUCUCCUUUCUUCUUGGAUAGAAGAUGGUCUGUCAAUUCGUCUCUAAAUGUCAACUUCGGCGAUCUUGACUCUAUUGAGCGAGCUGCUAGGCUAUACAGGAAUGCUGCAUCCUUCUGUGAAGCUAGUUGCACAUGGAGUGGUCAUCUACCUCCUCGGACUCAUAAGAAUCCAACUUAUUCCUGUAAAGUUUUCCUGGGUGGCGUGCCAUGGGACAUCACUGAAGCUGGCCUUGUUGAAGCUUUUGCCCCUUUUGGACCAAUCAAAAUCUUAUGGCCUGGAAAAGAGAAUCGCAACGCUUCUUGUCCUCCUAAAGCUGGAUAUGUUUAUAUAAUAUUUGAAGCUGAAAAACAUGUUAAGGCUUUGCUUCAAGCCUGUACUCAUGACUACAGCAAUGGAGGCAACUGGUAUUUUAAGAUUUCAUCCAGGCGCAUGAGAUCAAAAGAGGUCCAAGUAAUUCCAUGGGUGAUAAGUGAUAGCAACUUUGUACAUUGCCCAUCACAAAGAUUAGACCCCAGUAAAACCGUUUUUGUUGGGGCUCUGCAUGGUAUGUUAAAUGCUGAAGGCCUAGCUCUAGUCAUGAAUGAUUUGUUUGGAGGUGUAGUUUAUGCUGGAAUAGACACCGACAAAUACAAGUAUCCAAUAGGCUCUGGUCGAAUAACUUUCAAUAACCACAAAAGCUACAUGAAGGCUGUAACUGCUGCUUUUGUCGAAAUUAAAACUCCUAGGUUUACUAAAAAGGUACAAAUUGAUCCUUACUUGGAAGAUGCCAUCUGUUCCAGUUGUCAGAUUCAACAAGGGCCAAUUUUCUGCAGGGAUGCUGCCUGCUUCCGGUACUUCUGCCGCAGCUGCUGGCAAUGGCAGCAUUCGGUGGAUACUUAUCGAAACCACAAGCCCCUGAUGCGUAAUAAGAGCAACCGCUAAGUGUUCCUGCAUUGACCAGCUGAAAGGACUAUGCACAUGCAUUAGCUUGGAAGCACCUGCCAGUAAAUGUUUGUUUCUCUGCCCCUUUUCAAUGUAUGUUCAUUGGAAUAUUGUUUUUAUUGUCCUGGCAGGGCCUUUUCAUUUGCUGUUCAACAGGAACUUUUAUUGUUGGUGUAACGUUCCAAAACUAAUAUUUGAUCGGACGACUUCAGAAGAAGUCUUUUAUGUUGAUGUUUAUGUUGUACAAAGUUCCUUCUAUGCCAGAAUUAUGUUUAAAACUGUGUGAAAAAUGACGUGAUAUUUUAUGUUUGAAACCGUGACGAGACGUCACUUAGAUUUUUUCUUACAGCUUUUUAGUUUUAUCAAGAAGAGCUUGUUUAAUGGGAUAGUUAUUUUGGGGGUUACCAAAGAUUAUAUUUUAAAUCGUUUUUCUAUGGUACCACGGCUGUGCGGGCUUUCAAUAUUACGCAUUGUUAGAAAUUACAAGUGUCGACGUACUAGUGAAAAAUAGUAUUUAACCCUUGGAUUUUAAAGUAACAUUUAUCAUGCAGCCUUUCUGGACUUUAAUAAGCAUUUAUUAUAUGUAUGUAGCUUAUGAGAAUUUUAACUGGAACACUUCUGGUCUGUGCUGUAUUUUCUCUGCACCCCCAAUACUUGUUGCUGAUGUUUGCAUUAGCAUUGAAUUUUAAGCAUAAAAGAAACUAGUCUCAUUGCCUUUUUCUACAUUUCAGAGCUAGGUACUUGUUCCAUGUUUUUUAACCUUACACAUUGUUAUUUAAUCACAAAUGUUCUUAAUGGGCAGCGUUGGAUACGUAUGCCAUUUUGUUUAAUUUUUCUUAUCCCUCUAGAUUUAUCAUUUAUCAAGUUUAUGAAUUUUUCGAAGGUUUGAAACUGUUUCAUAUGUUCUUAACUUGUCAUCAGAGCAUUUGGAAUUUUUUGGCAAAUGUCUGUUCUUUAAAAAAUCAUUUGUUUUUAUUUUUGUCUGAAUGGGUAGUCAAAUGUUCUUAACUCUUAGGGGGAAACAAAUCUAAUGUUUAGCAUUCUCUUCCAUGUCCAUGUGCCUAACUACUUGCCAUAGAUGUCAAGGCUAGUCAUUUGAAGUUCCUUGUGUAUAGCUAGCCCGGAAACAAAAUGGCCUUUUUCUAGAUUUUAUCAAUUGCCUUUAAAUAAAUCACUUGGUGUUUAAUGUGUGGCAGCACCAUAGUCAUUGUGAUCAUUUAUUGUUAAAAGUACUAACAGAGGAGAUGGCUAUGGUUUUGUGCUCAUAGAUUUAAUUGACUAACCCGAGUAUGAAUGUGAGAAUUUAUCGUUUUAAAACUAGCUUUUAAUUUGAAAGGCACAGCAGCUUCUGUGUGCAAUACGGGUACUGUGCAUUCCAUGACCCUCUUCCUUUUGCUGAAAUUGUUUUAAUUGUUUAAUGAAUACAGAUGUAUUUGGCUGUUUUGUUUUCAAAUAGAUUAAUAAAGCAUUGAAAAAAAA